GAUCCUGCAGGAUGACGAGAACGUCUUACCCACAAGCAGACCUCACCUGGUGCUGUCAGCCUGCACAGGCACGCUACUCACGGGACUCUACGGAGUCUGGAGCCUCUUCACCAUGCCCGGUUUCCGCAAAGUCCCAUCAGGCUUGAAGGUUCUUAAAUGUUCCUGUUUUUUUUUGUUUUGUUUCCUUUAACUCGUGUGCUUGCAUUUUCUUUCCUAUCAAACGUUAUUGGAAUUGUGUGAUUUAGUGUCAACUUGCACGAUAACAGUCAUUUGCUUGUUUUGGAGUGUGCUCCAUGCUAGCAACAUGUGAGGGAAGAAGCCAGCGAGCAAGAAAUUACGCUGAUCGGGAUGUGCUUGUCCUUUUGUGUGGUAUGUUGCAGUUUAACGCAAUCAUCCUGCUUUGCAUUUGAUCAUGCCAGAUAUGUGAAUGCCACACCUUUGUGCCAGGACUCACUGUACAUUAUAAUCAAGUGCAUAACAGAAACAUGUGUGUGUGUCUGUACUGUGUUCCAGGUUCCCUAUUUGCCCUCCAAUAGAGAUCAGACACGGAACGUUAUGAAGCUCCUUGAGGGUCGGACAGGUUGCUUAGCAGAUCUGGGAUCAGGAGAUGGAAGACUGGUGUUUGCCGCCUCAUCUGCUGGCUUCAAGUGCACCGGGUUCGAGAUCAACGCCAUACUGCUAGCAUACGCCCGGACAAAGGCCCGAUGGACAAGAGUUCCUUCAAGCCAGGCAAAUUUUGUUAAAAAAGACUUUUGGAAGACUGAUCUCUCAAAGUACAACAACAUAACUGCUUUUCUUGCUCCAGGAGCGAUGGAAGUGCUCGGCGACAAGCUGUUGAAAGAGCUUCCUGAUGGCGCGCUUGUCGUCUCUUGUCGCUUCCAUUUCCCCAACUGGCCUCACCAGUCCACUGUCGGCUCCGGUCUGGACCAGACGUGGGCCUACAACAUCACCGAUGUGCGCAAGUCAGGACUGAGGGAAACAGAACAGGAUCAAACAUUACAGGGAGACAGAACAGGAUCGCUGACGGGUCUGCCAACUUCCGGCGCCACUUUCAAAAAAGGAAUGCAUGUGAUGAUGCCUUCAGACCGUGACGUCACAGGGGGCGGAGUCCAGACACUUGUCUUGCUAUAAAAGCUCAGCAAGUCUCUUCUGAGCUGCAAUCCUAGUGGGAGACUGACUGAGAGCGAC